CUAGGGGUGUAUUUAAAAUCUAAAAGUAACAAAUAAAAGACGCACUCUUCGGCUUUAGUAAACAGGAAGAACACAUUUGACAAUGUAGCCCUACAUAUCCAAAAAGACGGAAUAAACACGGCGAGGAUGUUUUCGAUCAUAGGCCUUAUUUUAGUCUAAACAACAACGCCAACAAAUGCAAAUAUUUUUGUACUCAUUUAGAAAUAACACUUGCUAUGGUUUAUUUUGGAGUCAACAGUUGCUGCGAAAUAGCUACAGAUACACUUCCGUCAGAGACAGAGAGAUUUAGUCAUUGAAUGUUUUUGCUGUCUUCGCAAGAUGGUGUCUUUAAUUCGCAGGCUACCUCAGUGUGGGAAUAACUUAUUUCUUCAAGCCAACAAGAACCAUAUUAAUAACUCAUGUUUAGUAUUAACACGGAACACAGUUAUUUUAAAACGACAAUGGGCAGUUCCAUUAACCAAUCCAGGAGACAUACCUCAUCUAAAGGAUAAACAUAGAGUAUUUAAAUUUGUUGAAAACACUGAUGCUGUAAAACUGCCAGAUAUCCAGUGUAUCCUCACAGACAAUAUUGAUGGCAUUGGCUAUAAGAAUGAAUUGGUAACUGUGAAAAGAAAGUUUUUCCGCAAUGUUCUGUAUCCAGCAGGACUAGCAAUGUAUGCAUCACCUGAAAACGUUGAGAAGUUUGCUGUCAAAAGUGAAGAAUUCCUGGGUUCUCGAUGGGCAAGAUUGACUCUGAAAACAUUAUCUAACAUGUACCUUGCUAUUCCAAUGAGUGGUGAUAAUCCAUGGGUGUUGAGCAAGGAGCAUGUUGUUGUGGCUUUUAGACUGAGGGGUGUUGAAGUAGCUGAAGAAGCCAUCACUCUGCCUGAUAAAGUAAUUACAGAACCUGAGGAAAUAGAUAUACAAUUGAAAAUGAAUGGCAAAGAAGAGGUGACGGUGAAAUGCCUCAUUAUUUUGAAACAUAAAGACCCUUCGAAAGACGUUAUUCCUACCAACUUACCAACCACGUUAAAAAGACAAAAGAAGCACAGACAAAUAGGGAAUGAUUAAAGUUGCUAUAUAUUUGCUAAUUAGAAAGUUUUUUUUAUUUGUUUUUAAAUUAAAUCAUUUUAAAAAGUA